UCUCUCUCUCUCUCUCUCUCUCUCUCUCUCUCUCUCUCUGACUACAACGAGAACCCGAGGGAGUCAAAUUGAAAUUGACUCGGUCACUCGGUAUAACUCGUUAGGAUUUUGCUAGGUACAGAAUUUGCUGAAAUCCGAAAGCUAAGGAUCCAGAAGCGGAAAAUUAUCGGAUUAUCUCAUUGAGUUUCUCGGUUGCUAGUUCAAUGGCGUUGGGGUGGAAUCCUCUACUGACAAACAUGUUUGGAUCCGACCACUCUUCGGUCGUGUCCAUGAACCUGUUCGUGGCUCUGCUUUGCGGCUGUAUCGUGCUUGGCCACUUGCUAGAGAAGAGCCGGUGGAUGAAUGAAUCCAUCACCGCCCUUAUCAUCGGCUUGUGCACUGGUGUCGUGAUCUUGCUUAUUAGCGGAGGGAAGAGCUCGCGGAUUCUGGUGUUCAGUGAGGAUCUGUUCUUCAUUUAUCUCCUGCCCCCGAUUAUAUUCAAUGCAGGGUUUCAGGUGAAAAAGAAGCAAUUUUUCCGCAACUUCAUGACCAUUAUGCUCUUUGGUGCUGUUGGAACUCUGAUCUCAUUCGUCAUCAUAUCACUAGGUGCUAUGCAUUUUUUCAAGAAGAUGAAUAUCGGGUAUCUCAGCAUGUCGGAUUAUCUAGCCAUUGGAGCAAUAUUCUCUGCUACAGACUCUGUCUGCACCUUGCAGGUGUUGAAUCAGGACGAGACGCCUCUGCUGUACAGUCUGGUUUUCGGGGAGGGAGUAGUAAACGACGCCACAUCGGUCGUGCUCUUCAACGCGAUACAGAGAUUCGACCUCUCACACAUCAACUCAACCUUCGCCCUGAAAUUUGCGGGGAACUUCUUUAAUCUCUUCUUCUUAAGCACCUUUCUUGGAGUUGUUGCUGGAUUGCUCAGUGCUUAUAUUAUCAAGAAGCUCUAUUUGGGAAGGCACUCUACGGAUCGUGAAGUUGCUCUGAUGAUGCUAAUGGCUUACCUUUCAUACAUUUUGGCUGAGCUGUUCCAAUUAAGCGCUAUCUUGACCGUGUUCUUCUGCGGGAUCGUUAUGUCUCACUAUACAUGGCACAACGUGACUGAGAACUCAAGGGUCACUACUAAACAUGCCUUUGCCACACUGUCGUUUGUAGCCGAGAUUUUUAUCUUUCUUUACGUUGGCAUGGACGCUAUGGACAUCGAGAAGUGGAACGUUAUACGCAACAGUGCUCCCCAAUCGGUUGGAGUGAGUUCGAUUCUUCUGGGACUCAUUCUUCUCGGACGAGCAGCCUUUGUUUUCCCGUUAUCCUUCCUAUCCAACUUGACUAAGGCCUCUCCGGAAGAAAGAAUCGACUGGAAAAAGCAAGUUACGAUUUGGUGGGCUGGUCUGAUGCGAGGUGCUGUAUCCAUGGCUCUUGCUUACAAUCAGUUCACAAACUCGGGCCACACCAAGUUACUAGGAAACGCCAUCAUGAUCACCAGCACGAUCACCGUCGUUCUUUUCAGCACAGUGGUGUUUGGAAUACUAACGAAACCGCUAGUGAAAUACUUGCAUCGUCCUCCUCAGCCGUCCAUUCCUGUAUCGUCUUUCCACGAGCCACUGCUCAACGGCUACGGCCACGACCACGACCACGACCACUACCAAUCAGACUACAACAUCUCUCGUCCGACCACUUUGCGUACCUUUUUCACCACUCCGUCUCGAACGGUCCACUAUUACUGGAGACAGUUCGACAACGCGGUCAUGCGUCCGUUGUUUGGCGGCCGUGGUGUGUCGCCUUUCGAUCCCGGUUCGCCGAUGGAGACCGGCGUUCGAGAGUGGCCGCAAGGAGGAGAAACCAAGCAACAGCAAGAAGGUGAUCCAUGAAAACUCCACGAGAAAAGACUAGGUCGUUUUGACUGGCUACUGCGUUUCUCGGCGUUUGAAACGCGGACGCGAAAUGGACCGGCUUUUAUUUAAUCUUCUCCAGUUUUGGUAUUGGUUUGUGGGGAGUUUCCCGGUUUGGGUUUGGGUUUGGGUUUGUGGUGUGAUUACUGCUAGCCGGUCCAUUUUUUUUUUGGGUUGGGUUUUGGGUUAGAAUUUUUUUUUUUCUAAUUCUUUAUGAAAUAGGUUUGUAGGUUAAAGGUAUAGUAGUCUGGCUACUGCGUCCGACGGCAGACGUCAAAAACUGCGUCUGCGUUCGGAAAAUACACGAGAGUGCGUUUGGGAACGCACCGCGUUUUUUUUGGGCGGGUUUGUGAUGCACGGUUUGAUACUUUGCUUAUACGAAUUUCUGAAUGAUAUAAUUUAAUUGUCAAGAAAAAAAAACUAAUCAAAGGGUUUUAUUCUC